AUGACGCUAGCCUUGACUUCUGCAAGCAGCAGCGGCAGCGGCAGCGGCAGCAAAAGCGAAGCAGGCACGAGACGAGUGGGAAAAUCGCCGUCAGACGCGGGUGCUAUCGCGAGUGACUCGGAGGGCGUGGCUACACCCUCGGCUUACUCGACCGAGAAUACACGGUCGUACGGGUACAUGCUCAAGAGCGGGCUUGCCGGCGGGCUCGCUGGAUGCGCGGCCAAGAGUAUAAUCGCGCCUCUAGACCGAGUGAAGAUCCUAUUCCAAACCUCGAGCCCGCAAUUUGCCAAAUUCAGCGGCAAGCGUCUCGGCAUCUGGCGCGCAGCACGCGAAAUCUACCUCACCGACGGCGUACUCGGCCUGUUCCAAGGCCACUCGGCCACGCUUCUGCGAAUUUUCCCCUACGCGGCGAUCAAGUUCGUGGCGUACGAGCAGAUCCGGUCGGUCCUGAUUUCGAGCGCGGACCAGGAAACGAGCAUUCGGCGGAUGCUGUCGGGGUCGCUUGCGGGCGUGUCGUCGGUGUUUUUCACGUACCCGCUCGAGCUGAUCAGGGUGAGGCUGGCGUAUGAGACAAGGAGGGAUCAGCGGGCGAGUUUUGUGCGGAUAUGCAAGCAGAUUUAUUAUGAGGGGCCGUUGGCGCGUCCGUCAAAGUCAUCAACAACAUCAACAUCAUCAGCAUUAAAUUCAUCGUCAUCAUCACCAUCGGCAACAGCAUCAUCAUCAUCAGCAUUAUCAUCAUCAUCAACAAGAGCAUCAACAACAUCAACAGCAACAGCGAGCGAAUCAGCAGAGACGGUGGUGCGCGCGGGUCGGAUCUCGAAUUUCUACCGCGGCUUCUCGCCGACGGUGCUCGGCAUGCUUCCCUACGCCGGCGUCUCUUUCCUGAGCCACGACAAGAUCCACGACAUCUUCCGCUCGUCGCUGCUGGCGAAGUACGCGGUGACGAACGGCGAGCAAGCGACGGACCGCAGCGUGCCGCUGCGGACGUGGGCGCAGCUCGUGGCGGGCGGACUGGCGGGGAUGAUUGCGCAGACGGCGAGUUAUCCGCUCGAGGUGAUUCGGCGGCGGAUGCAGGUGAGCGGGGCGGUUAAGAAUUCGCAGGCGGUCGGGAUCGGGUCGACUGCGCGGUUGAUUUUCCAGCAGCAUGGGGCGCGAGGGUUUUUUGUUGGACUGACGAUUGGGUAUAUCAAAGUUAUUCCGAUGGCGUCGUGUUCUUUCUUUGUUUACGAGCGGAUGAAGCAUGUGUUGGGCAUAUAG